AUGGACAUAAAAUCCCAUGUGGCAUCGGAACUGGACAAGAGGCUCACAGGCCUACGGGAAGACAUCGAGGCCUUGGCACACAGAUCGGACCAAGCUGAAACGCGCAUUACAAGCCUAUCUACUACAUCCCAAGCUCACUCACAGGACAUUGCCUACCUCCACGCGAAAAUUGAAGAGCUGGAGGAAAGCCUGGAGGACUUGAACAACAGGUCCCGGCAGAAUAAUAUUAGGAUCCGGGGCCUACCCGAAGCUGUCAUGCCCGACGACCUUCCCGCCACUCUUACUGGCCUCUUUCAGACGAUCAUACCUGACGCCUCUGAACAGUGA